CUUGCAGGAAGCCAGAGCGAAAAGAGGAGCCGCCUUCGGGAGUGUAGCUGCCAUGUGGACAGCCUGCAUUCCUGCCGUGACUUGUGGGUGUGGGUAGCUCUUUGCUUCCCUUCUGGCCACGGAGGUGCUUCUCGCCGAGCCAGAAAAGCAAUCUGCCCGUCUUCCUGCUGGCCUCGGCCCAGGCCUUCCUUCAUGCUCAGCAGCAGCCGUCUGCUCUGCCAUGCUGAAGCAGAUCCUGUCCGACAUGUACGUGGAUCCAGAGCUCCUGGCAGAACUCAGCGAGGAGCAGAAGCAGAUCUUGUUCUUCAAGAUGAGGCAGGAGCAGAUCAGGAGGUGGAAGGACAGAGAAGCUGCAGCUACUCUAGAGGAAGCGUCACGGAAAGAGAGGAGAGCCCACGAAAGAUCUGUGCAGUGGAAGCUUGGAGCCGAUGGUGAUGUCUGGGUGUGGGUGAUGGGAGAGCACUCACUGGACAAGCCGUAUCACCUGCUCUGUGGUGAGCUUAUUGCAAAGAGAGAAAAGAGGCAGUUGCUUCAGGAGGCAGAGGCACUAAGGGGUUCGAGCGAAGCCCGUGCCGAGCCUUCUGCGGCAUCACCGCUGCGUUUGACACCAGCCGCCAGACCAGGCAUGGAGGGACCGAGUGGGGCGCAGGAAGGGGCGAUAGAAGCACCAGCUGCAGAAAGGGCCUCGGAUCAAGAAGGCCUCCAGACGGCCGUUCGUAAGUCAAGGGGUGUAGAGGAGAUGUUGGCAGAUUCCAUCAGUCAGUCAUGGAAGUACUACUUUCAGCAGCAGAGGAAAGAAACACAGACGAGGACCACCAUGAAGGAGCACCAGGCCCUAAAUCCUGUCGACGACAAGUCAGUGCAGAAUGCAGAUAAGGAAGAUGCUGUUUGGCAGGAAUCUUUGAAGCGAUCCAAAGCAGCUGAUGAAAGGCGCCGUUCCCUUGCCAAACAGGCAAGGGAUGACUAUAAGAGGCUCUCGUUGCAAGGCAAACACAAAGGAAGAGCGACAGAUGUUUCUGGGCCCUUCAAGACGGGGGAGCAGAGGCGGCCACUCCCUCCUCCUCCACCUUUGCCACCAAAGCCCAAGAACCUUGCUUCCAGAUUAGCCAAUGGAUCGCCAGCCAGAAAGCAGGGGUUUCAAAGGAGCGCUUCCGGUUCCACUCAGGAGAGUAUAAUUCAGUGGUUCAAGGAAGAACAGCUCCCUCUCCGAGCAGGCUUUGAAAAGGCAACAGACAGCGUCGCCCCUUGGUUCCAUGGCAUUUUGACAACAAAGAAUGCUGAAGACCUAUUAAGCAAUUCAGCGCCUGGGACCUUUUUGAUCCGGGUCAGUGAGAAGAUCCAAGGCUACGUCCUUUCCUAUCGCUCAGCUGAGGGCUACAAACACUUCUUGAUCGACGCUUCCGGGGAGUCCUGUAGCUUCCUGGGUGUGGAUCGGUUGCAGCACUCCAGGCUGGCCGACCUGGUGGAGUACCACAAGGAUGAGGCCAUCACAUCUUUGGGAAAGGAGCUUCUGCUUUACCCCUGUGGCCAGCAGGGUCAGGAGCCCGACUACCUUGACCUCUUUGAAUGAAGCCUGCAGUUUCGACCCUCUGCUUAUGGAGGAAUGUUCCUCGAUGCAGGUGUUUCUGACUGGAACAAACUACGAGAACACCUUUCAGUUAUUGCAAUGGCCUCUCAAAGCGCAAGCCCACUUGACGGCCGGGGAAUGAAAGGCUGGUGGCUCUUGUAUACUGACUGUAUCCGCUGUAGGACGAAAAGCACCCUGGGAGAUGAAGAAACAGGACAGAAACUCAUAGAAGCAUAAAGAAAAAGGCAGAAGAAUAAGCCCCUUGCGCGAGAUAACUGGAGUGUUAAACUUCCCAUCAUUGUUCCGUCUGAACCUGCUGCCAUGCAUCGUUUAAAGGAAGUGACAUUGUACAUCUCCAAAAUCCAGUUUCCAUUAUUUCCUGUAAAAUACUUGAAAGUGUUGUAGGCUUGGUGAAAAACGCAUGGAGAAAUAGGUAGAGCUGUUUUUGAAAUCGCAAGAUGGUGAGCGCCGCCUGUUCCCAGGUGCCGGCGGGGGGCAGGGGUGUCACCAAGACCUUUCAACGACGGGGAGGCUUUUUUGCUUGGAGCUGUCAGGGUUCAGGUCUUCCAACAGGGCCAACUCGCAGCUGAGUGAAUAAUACGCUGCUGGAUCAAGAAGGAAAACCUCAGCCUUCCAUAACAAGGCACUGCGGCCAGACAGGUGUCCAAGACCAGUUGCCUUUUACUUGACUCAGGUAGCCCCUGGGCUUCCUUGUAUUUAAUCAUCAGUAUUACACAUGUACACACGUGCUGUCAAGUUGCAACUGACUUUUGGCAACCCUAACAAAGGGCUUUCAAAGCAAGUGAGAAGGAGAAGUGGUCCGCUCUUGCCUUCCUCCGCAGAGUCUUCUUUGGAGGCCCCCCAUCCAAGGACCAAUCCUGAUUAACUUCCGAGAUCUGAUGAGAUCGGGCUAUGCCAUGCCACCUCCCACCCCCACUUCCUUCCACUUGGAGAAAAAUGGACUGUGUUUUUUUGUGAGUCUAUAUUUAACUGCUUCUUCGUUUUAAGACUGCAACUUGAUCUGCCUGUUCCCCCAAAGCUCAAAAUCCUAAAGAUGAGGAAAUGUUGGAAGGCUGUCAAUUGCACAAUAAUGUAACAUGAGAGUGGCACAGAAAGGGAUUAUUGAUGUGUGUGGCUCCAAAACUACUCUGUUUUGGAAGGUGGUUGAGUUGUUAUUGGUGUGAGACAACAUCACACCAUGUUUCUCAGCUCAGCCUUCUGGGGACAAUGCAAGUGCCUGGCAGUGAAAUGUGGCUUGGCAGACCCCAAAGUGAAGUCAAGCUGCUCUAGGAUUCAGAGGAAACUCUAUAGUAAAGCAUCACCUUCCAGUUGCACCCAAGAAAUGCUGUCACACUGUUAAGGUGGCAGCAAUCUUUUCUCCAUUGUCUCCCCACUAUUGGGGAAUUGCUGGUAGGACAUCCUGCUAUAACAUGGGACCUGGUGACCUCUCUCGUGCAGGGCAGGCUCACUCAGAGGUACGCCCCAGUCACUUCAAUAAUUUUCUAGUUUUAUCAAAAAUGUUUUGCAUGUGCACUAUGUAAGGGAAAAAACCAGAAAUGAGUUUUUUAUUAGGCAGGACACAGAUUGAGCUACCAGCCUGGUCUGGCCCGGAGUUCUCCUGGAGUUGCAGCUGAUCUCCAUAGGAUUGCAGCCAGCUUCCCUGGGGGAAAUGGUAGCCUUAGCAGGCAUGGACCCUGCAGUGCCACAUUCACGCCCACUGAGCUCCUUGCCCGGACCCCACCCUCCCCAGGGCAAAUAUUUCCUUCCUGAAGGCUGGUUCUGCCCAUAUCCCCAUAACUGUAUCGUGAGUUCCAGAGUCUGCCAUGUCUGGGCAGAUUCAGCAUUCAGAGGGGAUGUCAGAGGCUGGACGUGCUUUGUGUGCCAAGGACACAGUUCCGUUUCCUCCACUAGAAGAAACUGGAGUUGCUGAACUCUGGGUCAAACAGGGGCAGGAUUGACCCUGAACCCAAAGGUAUCCUUGAGUGUGCCCGUUUUCUUGGUAAUCAUUCAUAUGGAGGGGGGGGGGAUAUUGGAACAGUGCUACAGAAAUAUCUGGUCCCAGUGACAAAAUGGUAUGCUGAUGAUGGAGGGGGGAUGCCACAUGCUUAAGAGCGCUCUUCCAGAGAACCUGCAGAUAGAAAACUAACACAGGGAUUAGGUAUCUAUAAGCAAGUGGGGGGGGGGGUUGUGGGGGAGCCUUCAGGUUGCAAUUCUAGCAGCUCAUUCCUUGGUUCCCUUUAUCUUAGAAUCCUUAUGAAAGGAUAUUGUAUCAGUGUAAAGAUCUUACAGCCUGUAAACUUGACCCAAUGGCCGUUUUCACGUGUCUUACCUGCUGCAGGAACAUAGCGCAAAACACCCGGAAUACGGCGUCUUCUCACAUGAAAUCGCACCAGGAAGACGCUGUCACCCAGGAGUUUCGUGCGAAAUUGUGUCUUCCUGGCACGAUUUCACACAAGAAGACGCCGUCUUCCAGGUGUUUUGCACGAUGUUCUGGCAGCAGGUAAUACAUGUGAAAAUGGCGAGUGUUGAGUUUGUCUAUGCUAAGGAGGCAAGCCAGAGAACUGCCCUGCCUCUUUAACCACAGUGCAGCUGAGGCUGGGGCCCUGCUCUCCCCCUCGAUUGUCCAUAUGGAGCUGCAUGAUGUCCAAUCAGACUAUUAGUCCUUCUCAGGGCUUUUUUUCUGGGGAAAGAGGUGGUGGAACUCAGUGGGUUGCCCUUGGAGA